AUCAUUUUCUCUCCAGACUUCAGCGACCCGUCAGCAUGGCGAAUGCAAUAGAAGCGCCCCUCCUGAAAUCCACCAGGAUGCUGCAGGAUAGCGAGAUGCCGGGUUUCUUCAAGGACUACUUUAGGGUCAUCCGGAAGUCGGUGUCCAACGACGAGUUCAACCAGUUCUCGAAGCUCAAGACGGACGCCGAGCGAGUCAAGUUCAUCUUCAACCUGCCCGCGGCGCACGAGAUCGACAUCCAGACGUUUUACAAGGGCAAAUCCGAGAAAGAGGCCAUGGAAAAGAAAGAGGCUGGGAACAAGCUCUUUGGGAGAAAGAAAAAUAUGGAGGCACUUAAAUUAUACAGCCAGGCGGUGGUACAUGCACCUGUGCCGACGGGUAAAUAUUGGAGGUUAAUCAAGGAAUGCGCGGACCCGAGGAAGAUGACACUCUAUGCCAUCUGUCUUGCCAACCGGUCAGCCGCGCUUUUCCACCUGAAGGAGUUCUACUAUUGCAUUAAGGAUAUCGACGAGGCUUUAGAACAUCAUUAUCCUAGGGAACUCAAGCACAAACUAUACAAGCGGAAGGGGCGACUCCUUGUCAACAUGAGGCAGUACGUGGAUGCUCGGGAGGCCUACCGACAGGCCCUGAAGUGGCUGGACUGGGCCAAGGUCGAGCGUGAGAAGAGAAUCGACCUGCAGGGUGAUGUGCAGAAGUGGCUGAAGAUGUUCGAGGGGUCGAAAAACUUGGUGAAUCAUGAAAACGAAUUCGACCCUUCCAUCCUGCUCCCCAAAGUCCCCGAGCUCUGCCAGGGCAAGAACGAACAAUACCCAUCCCUCAGCAAAAAGAUCACCGUUAACGAGGACAACAAUCAGGGUCGUUACGCCGUCGCCAAGGAGGACAUCGAACCUGGAGACGCCCUUGUCACUGAGAAGCCGUACGCCUCCGUACUACUGAGGGAGGAGUUCGGAAGCCACUGCCAGAACUGUUUCAUGCUGACGAAAGCGCCUGUUCCCUGCAAGAAGUGUUCCAGCGUCCUGUUCUGCUCGGUGGAAUGUCGCAACGCCUCCUACUUCCACCAAAUCGAGUGCUCGAUACUGGACCUCCUCGUGGGUUCCGGCAUGUCCAUCAACUGCUUCCUGGCCCUCAGGAUCAUCACGCAGUCGCCCCUCUCCUUCUUCCUCGAGAUGCAGGACAAGCUCGAGAAUGAGAAGCUGAAGGAGACGACAGAGGCCAAGGAAAUCUACGACCCCACAGACUUCUUCCGUCUGUACAACCUCGUCACCCAUUCUGAACAGAGGACCCCUGAGGACUGGUUCCAUCGCACCUGCAUGGUUGUCUUCUUACUGAAAGCUCUGAAGAAGACCAAGUACUUUGAGGACAAGGGUACACAGAUCAAUUACCCACUUUUUAAGGAUAAAGUGGACAAGGUGAAUGAUGUCGAAGCCUACAUUGGGGCUCUGCUUCUCCACUUCCUUCAGGUGGUGCAAUUCAAUGCUCAUGAAGUCUCGGAGUUUGUGACGUUAACCCCCAAGUGCUUGACUGGAGCCAAGAACGAGACGAUUGGUGCUGCUAUUUAUCCUACACUUGCCCUUUUCAACCACUCCUGCCAUGGUGCACAAGUCAGGUACUUCAGCGGAAACCGUGUAAUUACCAAGGCCAUAAGACACAUCGCCAAGGGAGAGAUCGUCCCGGAGAACUACGGUCAGCACUAUGCCUCAAAGAACAAGAGUCAGAGGAGGAAUGCCCUGCUCGACAGAUACUGGUUUGAGUGCAGCUGUGAGGCUUGUCAGAAGGACUGGCCUCUGUUCAAGGAAAUGGAGCACAAAGUGAUGUACUUCAAAUGCCACAAAUGCCAAGGUCCAUUGCCAGUCAACAUUGCCCAGACAGUCAUACCAUUCUUCAAGUGUGACCGCUGUGGAGAUCAGACAAACAUCUUGGGAGCUCUGAAGAACUUGCAGAACACUGAGCAGACAUUCAAGGCCGCAUGUAAAGAGAUGGAGACCUUCGACUUAGAGAAGGCCGAAUCUCUCCUCGUCGAGAACAUGAAGCAACUGGAUGCGGUCCUAUACCCUCCUUACAGGGACUACCACCUCACCCAGGAGGCUUACAUGCGUUGCUGUCUCCACGCGGGUAACCACAGAGUAGGAGAUCCCAAGCCUGACCCUAAGCCCGAAGAAUCCUAAGCCGGAAGACGAGAGAAGAGUCGUUCAAUGCAGUUUUUUUUUUUUCUUUUUUUUUUUUAAGGAUGGAAACAGCUUUACUUCUGAGGCUUGUCAAUGGCCAUGUGUUUUAGUGAAAGUUACACAUUUGUAUAUCAGGACAACUGUUAUUAUUGUAAGGUCAAUAGGUGAAAUGUUUCUACAAAUCCUAUAUACAAAAGCACCAUAGUUUUGACUAGGCUGCUGCGUAUGUAGUAAAGUCUAUUGAAAUUAAAAGUCAUUUAUUACAUUAAGGUUAAAGAAAAAGAAAUGGUAUUAGUUGUAUUGCUUUGCUGAGCAUGUUAUUUGCUUAAGCGUUUAAUUAAGGUAAUGAAUUGGGAUUGAUUCUUAUGAAAGUCUUUAAGAAAUAUUAGAGUUAAAAGGUACACAUUAUUCUUGUCCUGGAAGAGUGAAUUUUCACUCGCAUAUAUAUGAUAGUGUAAUUUGAAUGUAUAUUGUAAGAUAUUUCUUUUAGAUUUUUUCUCUAAGAGUUGGUAGAGAUAAUAUUUCCUGUCUAUGGAAUAUUGCUAUAAAUCACUGACUGGCAAUGUGUUUCCUUCAAACCUUGAAAGAAACUGAGGGUGACCGUAAAUAUCUGUACAUUUUUGUUACACGUGGUGGAACAAUGACAAGAAAAUUUGGAGAAUGCGCAUGAAAAAGUAUCAACUGGAAUACAUUCUUAAUGACACAAGGGAAAUGAUUAUCAAUUAGGAAAACCGAUUAAUUAUUGGAUGGCAUAGUAUUCUCCUUAAAUUUUGACCCAUACUAAGGAUCAUUGUAAAAAUCAGUACAGUGAUUAUGUGUAUAUGAGAAAUAAAGUAAUAUUUAAUUACACUAUAAACAUAGUCACAAAGCUCAUGGCUGCUUACAGUCGCACAUAAAAACUUUAUUAUAAGGUCCAGAGAGCGAGUGUCAAAAGAGUAUUUAUUCAACCAUCAGAAACAUAUCGUAAGUUGGUCAGUUUGGCUGAUGUGUUAGAGAGAAGUUUCACACUGAUAGAACAAAGAGCGAAAUCUCCCAAAAGAGAAAAAUAAAAAGAAGUACAGCCAAGUUAGUCUCUGCCAUAAUAAUGUUUUUGGACAUAAGCAUUAGGGGAUGUAUGAUAGUAGACACUGUGUCCUUUGGUUUUUGCUGAAUGAAGACAUACUAGAAGGAAUUAAAAAUGCACUUUCUUCUCCAGUAAAAGUUAAUGUGAGGAACUUUGUGAAAUUUGCAUUUAAAAAAAGGAACCGAUUACUGUGACGUAGCGUGCCAUACGGAUGUUAACGAAAACUGACGUUUGUUUUCUUCUUUUUUUCAAUUUUCUUGUACGGUAUUUAAACCCCCCCCUCCCUCCUUUUUCUUUUUCUCUCCUCUUCCUCUUUUUACUUUUUUUGUAGUAUCAAUAAUGAUUAAGAUAAUGGUUGUAUGAAUACAAGACGAAGACGUAUUGCAGAAACCUUGAACCUUUAACGAUUUUUAUUAUCUGACGUCCUGUAUGUAUGAGGAAGUACAUAGGUCAUAGGUCGUUCUGUUCUUCAUUCUAUUACAUGUAGGUGUGUAGUCAGCAGUGUUUUUAGUGCCAAAUGAUUGUGUUGAGUAUACCCUGUGCAAUUUAUAAGGUAUGAUGUUCUGCAUUUGUAUUGGAAUUGAAUGAUGUUUUUAAGAAUUAUGUUUUAUCAUUUAAUCUUUUAAAUUGCAGUGUCUCUCCAUUAGUAUUAUUAUAAGUGAUAUUAUACUUAUUUCUAUUAUUAAGUUUAUUAUUAUUAUUAAUAUUAUUAUCACUAUUGUCAUUAUUAUGAUUGUUUUUACCAUUAUUGUAAUUAUUAUCAACUUUUUAUUUUAUCAGUAAUAUUAUUGUUAUUAGCAUUAUUGUUAAUAUUAUUAUUAACAAUAAUAAUAAUUAUUAUAAUUACCAUUAUCAUUAUUAUUAUCGUUAUUGUUAUUACUAUUAUUAUUAUUAUUAUCAUUAUUAUUAUUGUUAUUGUUAUUAUUAUUAUUACUGUUAUUAUUAUUAUUAUUAUUAAUAUUAUUUUUAUUAUUAUUAUUAUUAUCAUUAUCACUAUUAUUAUCACUAUUGGUUAUUAUUAAUUUUAUCAUCAUUACUGAGUUUUAUUAUUAUUGUCAUCAUUUUUCUUCUUACCGAAAUUUUCCCUUUUUCUUUACCUUUUUUUUUUCCGAAGAUAUAGAGUGUUUUCGAAUACAAAUAUUUAGAGCUUUGAUUGUGAAGGCAUACUUGAGGUUUAAACAGUGACUGGAGUUCUGCUUACGAUGGAUAGAUAGCGUCUUGAUAAUUUACUCUUUGUGGUUUUUAUUUCCUAUUUAUUGAUUUUUUUUUUCGAAUGAUACAUAUUCUUAAGGAUAAUGGGAUGUUCCCUGCUUAUCGUAUCAGUAACGAAAUCCACACUGCCAAACGAAAAAGGGAAAUGGAUAAUGAUAAGCGAAUUUUAGCUGUGUAGGGCUAUCUAAAUCAAACAAAAGUCUUAGUGAUAUAAGAGUAAUUGUUAAUCGCUGUAUGCUAAUGAGAGUUAGACUUGCGGGUAGAAUAGGGAAGGUUGAAUAUACCAAAUGUUUAAUUAUACAAUAAAAGGUUAUUUGAUUAGAAUACAUUAACAAAAGAUAGCUGAAGAUGUAAGCCUGGAUUCUGAAAUGCAUAUACAUUCAAACACACUCACACACACACACACACGCACGCCUGUGCACACACGCACACACACACACACACACACACACACACACACACACACACACACACACACACACACACACACACACACACACACACACACACACACAUAUAUACACACAUGCACACACAUACACAGUUUUUAUUUACAUUGCUUCUCUCUUCUUAUAGCAACAUACAAUCUGAUAUAUUUAUUUAUUAUCACUAUAUUCUCGAUAACGAAUCAGUGAGAUUUAUGAUACAUUUCAAGCAACUGAUUAAGUUAGAGGUUUGUUCCUGUUUCAUGCAAAUCUGAGAAAUGUGUCUUUUUUUUUUAUUUGCAUGAUUGUAAAUUGCUCUAUUAGAAAGAUAUUUUCAAUAUUUUUUUUUUUUUUUCUAAUCUUCCAAAAUUAUUUCUUGUUACAAGAAAAUUAUUAAGUUUAAUUCAUAUUUAUUGAUAUGCUUUUUUAAUGUUGCAUUUGUGUCAACCACUCUGUACUGAUCUCAUGGUACGAGUAUUUGGUCCCAAUUAAUGUCUUCUUAGGCAAUAAGAAGUUUCAAACUAAAAUUUGUUGCCUUGUUAUAAUACUGUUCUAAUAUAUUCAGAAACUAAACAUGUUAUUUCAAUAGAUCAGUUAUAUAGUUGAAGCAAAAGUGGAAUAUAAUAUUCACUGUUAUUGAAUCAUAUGAUUAGAUGUUAAGAUGGCCAUUGGUAAGGCAGUAACAUACCGAUGAAUGAGGCGACUAUCGUAUGAUUUUCACAUCAUCUCAUUUACACUAAAUAUUGGUAUUAGAGCCAUUAUCUUGAUAGUUAUCAUCAUUUCCUUAUUAAAUACUUAUGUUUUAGUUUUCAAAAGUUUUCUCAUAGGGUUGAGUAGUUCUCUCUCGAAGAAUAUUUUAAGGAUGUGUUUGAAAAAUAAAAGUACUCACAUAUAUUCUACUUAACUAUUCAUAUACUUGUCUCAUUUUGUCUAGUCGAAGCUGUCACAAGUUGUUUAAAUCUACUUGAAAGAUUUGUGUCUUACUUAUAAGGACAUAUUUUUUACUGUACAUUAUCCAUUGAUAAGUUUACUUGUUUAAUUUUAGGCACAAUACUUUUGUUGCAUAAGUAUCAACAAGAUAUAAUUGCAUGUAUAUGUAUUGGUAUAUUUAGUCAAUAAAGUUUAAUUUAUUAAGCAAGGAAUGUAUUGAACAGAGUAAUGGGUCUUCAUAUACAGAAGUAAUAAUGAAGAUUUUUUCCUACUUUUGUAUCAUAAAAGGUUUAUUCUUACUUUUUUCAUAAUAAAGAAUUGUGUAAUGUAUUCCCGUUUAUAGUAUUUAUCACUUGUGAGCAACUGUAGACAUUUGUUUGAAUUUAAUUAUGCCUUACAUAGUGCCUUUUGUACUGUACUACAACAUGACUAAGAUUAAAAGGAAGGUUUCUGUUGA